AUGUCGUCUCAGAAUCGAGGUGCCCAGGGCACCAAUAAGCCGAAAGCCGUACUUGUAAACACUCUUUUCUCUGGACGUAAUCUCGCCCCCGGGCAACGGGGCACUGGUGAGUCAGAUUGUUCAAUGAUUUCCAAAAAUGAAGUUCUUUGUCAGACCCUAGCCGAAAUGGCAUGCAAAGUGUUGGAAAAGCAGCAAAUGUGGUCCGCCGAAUGCCCCCGCCUGCAUCUUUGCCAUCUCUGAGAGCCGAGAAUAAUGGACAAGAUCCGACUACACCUGUGGUUCCUCAGGGUGAGAUUUUGAGGGAUUAUGCGACUUGAUGGGAUUCUUCGACACUUGUAUUUUUUAUUUUUAUAAAAUCUGACGCAAGCGGGGUUGAGUUAUCGUGAUUUUCGAUAUUUCAUCACCCAAUGCCUUUUUUCCAAAUCCAAAUUUAGCCGCUCACCUUUCUGUUUACCGCUUUCGGUCCAUUUCAUAAUCGAAAAAGUUCAGUAGCUGAGCCAGACCGGAAGUUUUCGGUCAUCAUUUGUUGUGUGGUCAUUUCCGAGCGCCGAGCGAGCCAACUGAAAACUACUAGUAAGGCAGUGCACUUGACACUACUAUACGAAUACAAAGGAGAAAAGAUUGGGGGAACCGAGAAGAGGGGUCUAUCUGUCGCUGAAAGUGCCACCAAUUCGAAGAAGUGAAGCUAAUUAGAAUGAAUUGUGUGUGAGAGAGUGAGAAAGAGGAGUAUGCAUUCACAUUGGCACAAUGGGAAAUUGAGAAGGCAAAAAAAGGGGAGAUGAUGCGGUAGACUCAGUCUAUUUUCCACUUUUCUUUCGAUUUCAUUCACCAAAAAUCACGCAAACUUUUUUGGAAAACAUUCAAAGCACGCGCUUCUCACCAGACUUGUCGAAAAUCAGCCCGGUUCUGAUUUAGCACGAGCCCGUUUCUCACUCUUUUAUUGAUUCUUUUCUGAUCUUGUGACUGGAAAACUCACGAGAAUCCUGCGUUGGGUGGGGUAGUCGAGAUAGCGAGCAAAUUAGUGCGCGAAUGAAGAGGAGAAUGGGUAUCGCACGUGCAGGUCGAAUAUUCUUUCCCGUUGUCAUAGUAUCGAGAAUACCCCAAACAUCUCCCCUUUCGACGACCCCCCCCCCCCUCUCCCCUCUUCCCGGCUUCUCACACUCUAAUAACCCAUUAUCUCUAUUUGUUUUGCAGGAGGUACUGGAUGGAGUAAAUCCGAUAACCCGAACGCGACAGGAGACCGACCACAGACGCCGCCGCAACCUGCUGCACAACCCGCACCACCACCGCCGCCAACCAACGAUCUACGACCUUCGUGGCUCGUCGCCGCCAACGCCGAGCAACAAGCGAACAACAGCCAGGCUAGAGAGUUUCCCUCACUGGCGCCACGAACCAACGACACUGACAAAGCUAUUAGUGCGUUUAUUUACAUUUUUUUUUCAAGAGCCCAUCUUACUGCUUCAUUUCAGACAAGUUUGACAAUUCAACAGCUGACGAGAACGCCGACGAAAUGCAGGACGAAGAGUUCGAGGGCGGAGUGCCAACCCGAUUCCUCGGAAGUCAAUCUUCCCCGGACGCUUUCAACGCAAAAUCCGUUACCAUCAAACCUAGUCCCAACUCUAAGUACAAUAAAAUUAGUAAGUUGGCUCACAGUCAAAAUAGCGUCCGACCGUGUUCAGCGGGAAGUCAAGACGUUCGGUGCCGACAUCCUGAAUUGGUUCACAUCAAACAGUAUUUUGAGCCCAAGCAAAUUAUUAAGUGUACGGCAGAGAAAUGUUGUGAUGGUGGCUUAGAAUAGUGGAAAAAUAUACUUUCUGUGAUUGUAUGCCUCCGAAUGCCUUUCUUUCUCUCAAUAAUUUUUCCCAAAACGAGCUGUCUCUCUCACACUUGUCCUCUCAGUUAUUGUGUUUCUUGGUUUCGGGCUACGUCUUCAUCUAUUUCCAGCGCAUAGGCCCCAAGAUUUUGUUCAUUACACCCUCCGCAAACUGCUCUUUUCAGGCGACGACGAGGGAUUCGACUCGCUGGACCGAGAUCGAAACGAUUCGCCGGAGGAAGAGGGAAACUGGUCGUCGAACGGCUCGCAAAUCCCGACUGAUAGCUUUGGGCCGAUUAAGGAUACGGAGAACGACAACAAUUUUCGACCCUACCUGAAGAGUGACGAACGACAUUUUCGGGUGAGCAGACGGGAAAUGGGACGGAGACAGGAAAUUGGAAAGAGGGACGGAGAGAUGAAUGGGGGAGAAUGGAAGAGGAUUGAAUAAAUGAGAUGCAUUUUUUCUUCAGACAAGCGAAAUUCGGAUUCUAAAGCGAGCCACCGACCAGUUGCUACUUCAGGAUAUAAGCGACGACGAAGACGGUGAGCCCCUCCUCAGCAUCUAUUUUUCUGAUUCGUUGUAUCUGAAUCGUGUCCUCCUUCGAGAGAUUGUUUUUUUACAGCGUAGCAAAAGCAAUAACCAUUGAGAAAACUGUUUGGAUAAGAGAAGAGACCAUUUCGUCGGCCCGCUCCCCUCUCCCUUCUUCUCUUUUCCCUCUUUCUCUUCACGAACUUUUGCGGAACCGCGGAAAAGAUUAGACGUUUGGUCAAUGGAGAAAAUUAAAAAAUAUUAUAAGCACUAAACCAUAAUUGUUGAUAAGAUAUCAAUUGACCCGCUCGGUGCCCUUCGCCACCAUUCGUUUUAUUAUCGUGUCACUUGAUUGUGCCGCGUAUCGAUCGAUUGCCACCCUAUCAUUCCCCUUUUUCUCUUCAGAGGUUCAAAUGACGCGUCUCGACAAACCGUCUGUGUGCAUCGUGAAGCGAGGAGGGGAAAUCAAGUCGACCGACACUCCCGAAUCGGAAUCUAGCGACCACGGGCUGGAAGCGAAUCCACCAUCGCCCCCGCCGUCGACAGCCAAGACCGUCGAGAAAAGGGAUCGGAAGGGCCGGAAAGAUGGCAAAGGUUACAAAAAAGAAGUAAAGGAAAAGAGGACGGAGGUGCCAGCAGCCACAAGUGUACCGGCUCCGAUGCCCACCGCUGCAUCAGUUGAUGCUCCACCACCAGUUGAGAAGGUAAAUCUUUCCGGAAAUCAGCAAAAACUAAACUUCCGCGUUUUCAGCCAACACCAAUAGAAGAAGUGCUGCCAGCACCCCCUCCACAGGAAAAUAUCUGGGCUAAGCGACAGGAAGAACGAGAGUCCUUGGAGCGGGAGAAGGUAUUAAUUGAGUUAUUCGCAUUUACGCAUUUUCAAAUUACAGGAGAAAAAUGUGAUUCCACGAGUGAUGCAACAAGCCAUUGAACAGCACUUCCCCAAGGUUCACGACUCGGCGUCUAUGAAAGUGAACAAAGAGUCGACACGGAAGUCAAGUGACACCGAGUUCGCUCGUGCUGCUAUUCGAGCCCGGAAGCAGGCCACAUCGAAUGAUGUUCGGAAGAUGAUAAGCACCGAGAACAGUGCUCGAAUCAAGUCGAAUCGAUCGGCCGCUAACCAGGAAGCUAAUGGUGAGUUGGAAGUUGUAAGGGCGAGUGGGCAUUUCAAUUUUAUAGGAAGCGAACCGCGACCAGCUGAUUGGGCAACCAAGUCAAACGGCGGUCCGAAUGGCUAUAGCAACGGAAUGAAUGGAUCGAACGGCCAGAACGGAGUGCUUAAGAAUCAUCAGACUAACGGGAAAUUUGCGGAGAUCAACAAUCGAGAACGCAAAGAUUCACACCGAAGCAACGUAAGUCAUUCUUUUUUCUUUUUCUUGUCCAUUUCCGUUUCUUUUGUAUCUUGGUCACCUACUGUAGUGAAAACAUGAUUCAGUCUACCCCGUAUACUGUUAACAUGUUUUUCCAGGAGUCCGGACCUCCUCGGAAGGGCGGACGUGGCGGUCGAAACCGCUACAAGAAGGUAACAUGUUCGCAUGUCCGUUCCGUUAGUUCGCUCCGGAUUUGGAACAGAAAAUAAAUUUCUAAUUUGCCUUCAUUUAGUUCUAUAAUAAUAGUAAUACUAUUCCGCUUCAUUAAUCUUUAGAGAUCAGUUCUCGCAAAAUUUUACAAUUUCAGUUCAAGCUAAUUAUUUUUCAGAACUCUGAUGAUACACGAAAGCAUGUGAAUGGUCAGACGAAGAAGAAGGAGAACCAACGUGUGGAAGAGAAGUUGAACGAGAAUGGAGAGGUCAAGAAGUUCAACAUUGAGGACAUGUCCAACAUGAACAUUGGCAGUUGGGCUGAUGAAAUGGAGAAUAUGGACGGAUUCGAAGAGGUGAACAAAAAAAAGAAGAACAAGGUGCCUGAAAAAAGCCUAUCGGCAAAGAACCAACCAAAACCCAAUGUGGAACAGGAGAAGCAGCAGGCUGUGAGCAAUAACAACAACAGUAAGAUGAAGCCGAAAGAUUCGAAGCAAGCAACUCGGCUCUUUGUGCCAAAAGCUUUACGAAAAGGUGAGAAAUAUACUCCGAGUUGCAGUUCUCAUAGAUUUUCGUUUCAGAUGAAGACGACCUACCAGCCAAUGGUUUGCUCAGUCCACAAAGCGUGGAAACCAAGGAGAAAAUUGCUGCCGCCAAGACAAACGGCCCCGAGACGUCCACUUCCAAAAAACUGGAUGACGAAUCAAAAGGCGUCUGGGAUGCCCUCACGCCUGCAGUUUCAACAAUACCACGAUCGAAAGAGUCACAAAAGAAGCCCGAAAGCCAGAACGUGGAGUUCCCAAAACCAUCGGGAGUUGCAUUGGAUAUUACCGCCUACGACUUUUCCUUCGAUCCAAAGUUCAAUGUAAGUCACUUGAUGUCGAUGCCAAUAAUAUUAUUCAAUUCAGAAUCCAAUAAUCUCGGACCGUGCAGCAAUCCAGAAAAUGCUAUCCGCUGAGAAUGCGGCUACCGACGCUGACGCGAACAGUCGAAAGAAGAUUCUGAAUGUUCUGAGCGAAUCGAUAGUUGACAUGGGUCCGGUAGCAAUGGCCAAGGUUGCGAGUUUCAAUGAAGCGUUUGGAUGUCGACCAAACAAUAACAUCAGUCUCGCGCCCUUCUCUAAUCACUAUUCUUCUUUCCAACCGCUCUACAACACUGGAAACGGUCAAGAUCAGCAACAACAGCAACAGCAACAGCAAAUGUACCCUUCUGCCGCCGCUUCGCCACCGAUGAACUACCUCAACAUGGUCAACUUCUCCAAUUCUCUGCUGAAACGGUCGCCAGGAUUCAAUACCCCGGAAAACGGACUUCUCGGGAGGAUACCUGCACCACCAGCAGUAUCAGUGGCUGCCGCAGUCGCAGCGCAAAGGAUUUGGAACGGUGGACAUUUUGAUCUAAAUGCCAUUGCUGGAACUCCGCCAGCAAAUUUCACUUCGAAUGGAUCCUAUGGAUUCUUUAACAACGGAUCGGGAAACAAUGAAGUGAGUGUUUUUAUUCGAUUUCAUUAUUAAACGCAAAACAUUUCAGCAUCGAGCUCCGUUCGGCGGAUUACCUAACGGUAUGUCCAACGGUCUCAGCAAUGUAGCAACUCCAUACAACCUUCCGCCAGCGAACCUGGCAGUUGGAAGCCAACGACAAGGGAAUAUGUUCAACGGGAACAUGAGCCGACAACAACCGCCACCGCCAUCGGCACCAUCUCAUUCUCAUCCGAUGAACGGCACCAACGGAUCAUUCCCGCCGCAGCAAGGUUUCGGCCAACCACCGCCGGCCGGAAUGUUGAGGUUUCCGCCGACAAAUGGAACAUCUCAUCAGGAAGGCAACCCGUAUUUCUUCAACAACGGCGGACGGGGACCGAUUGGCCGACCUCCGGGACUCGCGACGAAUGGACCAUCAACUCCGCUGGACAUGAUUUGGUCGAACACCAACAACAAUUACUUUGGCAAUGCGGGACAUUCCAAUGGUAACUGGAACGGUGCAUUGUCAGCGGCUGGUCCGCCAAGACAGAAUGGCUAUAAUCAAAGUGUGAGUUUCUCGUUUUCAACGUGGACAUUUUGUGUAUAUUGGCAGCAAUUUUUCAGCAAAUUCGCGAUAAUCAACAAAUGAACAACCGAAUGCGACGACCAGUUCAAGGCAACCGGCAAAUAUAA